AUGCCGUCGUGCGCAAUCGGUGCGGUGAUUGGCACCAAAGGGGCCAAAAUCAGUGAAAUCAUGGCCGAGUCCGGCACAGAUAUUGAUGUCGGAAGAGAAUGCAUCACGGGGAUGCCUGACAAUCCAGUUGUGUUAAAAGGGCAGCGCUCACAGAUUGUCAGAGCCGCAGUGCUGGCCAACGACGUGUUGCAGGACUUGGCAGACAAGGGCCGUGUGAAUGCUGAUGACUUUCGGUACAUCCCGGGCCGAACACCGGCGCCGAGGCUUGGCAGUCGUGGGACAUUUUCUUCCUGCGCAGCCGCGCGGUUCCUUUUCGACAAAGAGUUUGCAGGAUUCAUAAUCGGAAAGGGUGGUGAAAAGAUCACGAGAAUCCGAGAUCAGACUGGGGCGACUCUACAAUUUCGAGGUUCUGCUGAGGAAGUGGCACUCUUCCUGGGUCCGGAUGACCGCAUUCUGGACAUUCGAGGAACUGCGACGCAGCGCAACCAGGCAGUCGAAUUCUGUUUCAAGGAGAUGGAGUCUGCUCCGCAGCCCAUCCCGGAGACACGUGUCUUCAUCCCUCUAGCUGUACCAGAGGCGCCACUGGAAGAAACAGUGGCGAGAACUGGGGCAUCGUGCAGCCUGUCACAGGACGUGCACAUCACCAGCCCGGAGAGUUCAGAACGCAUAGUCCGACUGGAGGGUGCACCGUCAGAGCGGCUCGCCGCAACUCUGGGCCUGCUUGCGAAGGCAGAUGAGUACGCAACUGCAAGUGCGCCAUCAGCACGUCCCCAUGUGGCAGCUGUGGCACCCCGUACAGACCGUCCCAACGGCAUCACGGCAUCUUCAGUGCCAUCAGUAAUAGUGCCGCAAAGCAAGACGGAAGAUAGCAGUGAGCAGCGGAUAGAACCAGAAACGGGAAAAGCAUAUACAUUUGCGGAAUUUCGGGUAGCUUUUGCUGCCACGUAUUCCGAACAAGACAUCUGCGACUAUUGGCGAGAUGCCUGCACGCCAGUUCAGAAGCGAGAACAAGGCGGAGGUUCUGCGGGGCCUGGGCACGUGGACCGCGUGGAGCGCGCGGAGCGCGUGGAGCCGGUGCAAGCGCCGGUGAACCUGUCAAGGCAGCAGCCGGACGGGCCGGGGCCGCAGGGGUCUCCAGACCGCAAGGAGGGCAACAAGGAGGCCGACAGGAGUACCAUCCAUCCGGUCGCAGUUUCGGAGCAGAAAGCUUCAACGGACCCAGCACCGUCGAGGAAUGUUCCGAGCAGCGCCGCCGCCUCCCUUCCCCAAUGGCGCGAUCACCUGGUGGAAAUUCCACCGUCACAGCUGCAUGUCGUCUUGCCCACUGCGCUAGUGAAGGGCCCAUUGGUCGAGCAGGGGUUCCUGGCUGAGAUAGCCGUGGGCUGCCACGUUCAGAUCGACGUUUGUGGCGAGAUCGCUUCGGGGAAGCUGCACGUGAUUCUGUCAGGCAGUGGCGCAGCCAACGCCAUGGCCGUGGUCGCGCUCCAGAUGCGCGCAUGGUUUGCUGGCGGCAGCCUCUAA